AUGUCUGUGGCAUCCACCCAUGUUGAUGAAGCAAAAUCUGAAAAUUUGAACAGGUUUAAUAACAUUAUAGGAAGUCUACCUCUCAGGACGAGCCUUACCAUCUCAUCACUAUGUCUACUAGAUAACAUUUCGACACAGUUAUUAAGAUUUUUAAUAUUCAAUUCAAAUUCUCCACAAAUUAUUGCUCUAUAUUCAGACUCUCAAUCAAAUAUUUCUUCUGGUGAAACUGAAAUCUUUCAAACCCUUUUAAAAUUGUUUAAACAAGUUAGACUCAUCUACAAUACUAGAACUCCACUUUUAAACGUUCAUGACGUGGCUCCCGGUCUUUGGUUCCCAAAUUCUCCACCUCCUCUACUACUAAGAGGUCACGAAGCCUAUAUCAUCACCGCUAUACGUAAAGCCAAUUUAUUGACUUUCAUAUUGACCGCUAUAGGUUGUUUCAAUUAUGGGUUCGAACUUUUACAAUCUACUUUCCUCGAUAUCUUCUGCCCAAACACCCUUUUCACUGGAACUGCUUCCACUGAUCAAAAUGGUAAAUUUUUAAAAUCUCAAGCUAUACUUUAUUUGGAUUUGAAAACUCAAGCUUUUAUUGCAGGUUUGAAAGAAUUUAAAUCUGACACCAAUGGCAUCCCAAAGGAGAAACAAGAAGAAAUUUUGAAAUUGGUUUUCCCAGAUAAUCUAGCUGAGCAGCUUAUUUUGAGAAGGACCGGUAGUUCAAAUUUAGGUACCAAUGGCACAAUGACGCCUUCUGAAAGAGAUUUUAUUGAAAGGUGUGAACGUCGUAAAGAUAAUCUCUUACAAUUUGAUCAAUUCGAUUCAUUAAUCGAAAGUUACGACUUCAACCAUUUCAUUAAAGAAAUCUUGGAUUAUUGUAACAGGAAUAUGGGUCUAAUCAUUUGGGGUAAGAAAGGUCGUGGUAAGUCACCAUUAUAUUCCUUCGAUGAUAAUGAAUUUGACAAUCAAAUUAUUUACGCCUCAGGUGCAAUGGCUCCAAAUGAUUCAAGUAAUCUUAAUAUUAGUGGUACCGCCUUAAACAAUUUACAAUCUCGUGAGGGCACUUUCGAUUCAAUUAACGAUGCAUCUCAAGAUUUCAGCAACAAUUCUCAGGUAUUAGCUGCUGCUAUUGCUGCCAGUUCAUCAAAUAGAACUAAUGCAAACAAUAUGACGCAAUCAAUAGUGCAUGCGGCAGUGGCGGCUUCAGCGCAAAAUGGUGUUCGUAAAUUAAAACCGAAGAGAACUUGGUCCAAGACGGAAGAAGACACCCUAAUUGAAGGAUUGAAAGAAGUUGGUCCAUCAUGGUCCAAAAUUCUUGAUCUUUAUGGUCCAGGUGGUAAAAUCAACGAAAAUUUGAAGAGUAGAACUCAGGUACAAUUAAAGGACAAGGCAAGAAAUUGGAAAUUACAAUAUUUGAAGUCUGGUAGGGAAUUACCAGACUAUUUGGCAAAAGUUACUGGUAACUUAGACAAGGCCUAUAAAUCUAAAAAGAAAGCUAUAGCAGCCGCGUCUGCUGCUUCUAAUGCGUCUGGCAUCUCCACAGGAGAGGCCAUCUCGUCUCAAGUUGGAUCACAAUCGGAAUCGGUCCCACCAACCCAAAUUGAAUCAAACGAGAAUCAAGAAACUGAUCAAAACGGGCUUUUUGAUAAUAACGCUAAUGAAACAACUGGAUUUGAUCCAACUUUAGGUGAUUCCAUCUAA